AUGCCUAUCGAAGAGGGUGCAAGCAGUCCCAAGCAUCUCAAUAGCUCUGAGUUGCUCAAGAAGAUUGACAAGCUGCGAGAGAAAAACAUUGGAAAACAUGUGCCUCUUCCGCAGUUGGUUGUCGUUGGAGACCAGAGUUCAGGGAAAUCAUCUCUUCUGGCAAGCCUGACCAAGAUUCCAUUCCCUCGUGAUAUAGAACUUUGUACGCGAUAUGCCACGCAGAUAACCUCCCGUCGUGAGAACGAUCGCUCGGUUGAGAUUUCGAUAAUCCCUGCUGUGGAUGCAUCCGCGGAGCACAGGGCAAAAGUACAGGGCUAUAAGAGGACCCUCAGAGACCUUUCAUCUAAGGAGGGAUCAGUCUUCAGCAAAGACGUGCUCCGGAUUGAGCUAUGCGGGCCAGAAGAGGGCUACCUGACCGUCAUAGAUGUACCGGGGAUCUUCAGAGACCCGACUGAGGACAUCACUACUGACAAUGCCCGCACUGUGAUCUUGGCUGUGCUCCCGAGCAAUGUCGAUCUUGCAACCCAGGAGAUCCUCAAGCUGGCUAAAGAUUAUGACGAAAAUGGAGAACGUACCCUUGGUGUGCUGACCAAACCCGAUUUGGUGAUUGAGCAAAGCGCUAAGGCAGCUUUGUGCUCACUGGUCCUGGGGCACAAGAGACCGCUGACACUGGGAUACUACUUGGUGAGAAACCAGGGCGCCGAUAAAAACACUUCUUUCGAUGGCGAGGAAGGAGAGAGAAUGUUUGACAGCCAGCCUUGGAGUUCCUUGCCGAGAGACCGUAUUGGCAUCCAGGCCCCACGAGAACGGCUAGGAGAACUACUGAGCGAAGUUACGGAGCGCGAAUUCCCUGAAUUGCGUAAGGACAUCAAAAAUCAGAUUGAUACAUGCCAUCAAGAUCUGGACCGCCUGGGACCUGCACGCCAGACUGAACAGGAACAGCGUGCAUUUCUGAGUGGUAUAGCUCGCCAGUUUCAGAUCCUCGCACGAGCUGCACGUGAUGCUCAUUAUACAGAAAAUGAAGCAUUUGCAGAGAGCGACCUCAGGCUUCUCACGCACAUUGUCAAUUUUUCUGAUAGCUCAACUUUCCGGGCCAAAGCCCAUCUUUACUCAUUCGACUGCCCUACCUCAGAUGCAGCCGACAAUGACCAAGCAGACAACGGCACGAACAACAAACCGCACGGGAAGAGUCAAAGCGAUAAAUGGGGCCCAAGGUGGAAAGCCAACAUGCACGCCCAGCCGACAGCCGAAGAUCGCUUUUGUCUGGCUCAAAAAUCAAGCGAAACCUGGAAAAGCCUGGACCCUAGCAACUUCCCGGAGUUAGAGCCGAUUGUCAGCCGCCUGGAGGGCCCCGAAGAUCCUAAAGGGGAUAUCAAAGCUUGGAUUGAAGUGUUAUAUUCUAAUUCACGUGGUCUUGAUCUUGGGACCUUUGGCAACAACAUUUUCUGCAACGCUUUCAAGGAGCAUGCCGGCAAAUGGGAAGCCAUGACCCGCGAACACGUGAGUAAUGUUAUUAUGGUGGUUCACCGUUUCCUGAGUACGGCAUUGGGAAAGAUUUGCGGAAGCAAACAGCUCUAUAACAAGAUUUGGUCCAGCAUUCUCGAUGAACUUCUGAAAAGAUACGAGAUGGCCAUGUCACAGGCGCUGUUCCUUUUGUCGGUUGAAAGAAAUCGCCGACCAUAUACACUGAACAAUUAUUUUAAUCAGACCCUCCAGAAACUGCGCAGCGCCCGUGUAGCUCAGGCAUUAGAGGACAAUGCUAUGGUUGACAGCGACACUUGGACUACCGGAUCAGCGAAGAUAGUCGAUCUGAAUGCUGUCAAGAAGACUGUCAGCGACCAGGCGAAUGUGGAACAUAUCACUGGGGAAAUCCAUGACAUCCUGUGGUCCUACUACCAAGUCGCACGCGAAAGAUUUGUGGAUAAUGUCCACAUGCAAGCAAUCGAGCAUUGUCUUCUGACCGGUCCUGAGAGCCCCCUUGAAGUUUUUAGCCAGGAAUGGGUGAUCAAUCUGGAGCCGGAAGAGCUGGCAGCAAUCGCGGGUGAAUCGCAGGCGACCAAAGCACGGCGUACCGGCCUGAAGCAAAAGAUGGAGGAUUUGAAGUCUGCUCUACAAACCUUGAAAUUCUGA